AUGAACAGUUUAAUUAGAUCUACUGCGAGGUGUGUGCGGGCGGGGGCGGCUGUCUAUCUGCCCAGAAACGCCGACGGACGCGUGUGGUCGGCCUCGGCCCGGUUCCUGUGCGCGGCGGCGGACCUCCAGAAAGACCUUGGUGAUAUGGUGAAGAAGGACAAAGUGGUGGUGUUUAUGAAGGGGACGCCGGCACAGCCCAUGUGUGGCUUCAGUAAUGCUGUGAUUCAGAUCCUCCGGAUGCAUGGGGUGGACGACUACGCUACGUACAACGUGUUGGAGGACCAGGAUCUCAGAGAAGGAGUCAAGCUCUUCUCCAACUGGCCCACGAUCCCUCAGGUGUACUUCAACGGCGAGUUUGUGGGAGGCUGCGACAUCCUGCUCCAGAUGCACCAGAACGGAGAUCUGGUGGAGGAGUUAAAGAAGUUGGGCAUCAGCUCUGCACUGCUGAACGCUGAGAAAGAAUCCAAGUAGAGGAUGAGCAUAAACUUCAAACAGCUGAAAAGACACAGGACACAUUUAUCAGGUUGAAUCCCCCGCUCAGAUGUUAGCAGAUAAAUCCACUCUAGGCAGCCAUAGCUAAAAUUGACUGACCUUUCUAGACAUUACGGCACAGCAAGUGCAGAUGACUAGUGUAAGCAGUUUUGGUGGCAGCACUGUAUCUUGAGUCAUGGAGGUUUACACUUUACCAUGUUCCGUACCUAUAAACAGCUUGGAGUGCAAUACAGAGCUCCUGCUGCACUGCUUAUACUCAAUGCAGGUCCUCUAAAUAUGCACAGAUUAUGUACCUGACAGGUAAUGUAGGAAUGAAAAAAAAAAAAGAGUGGACAGUGUCUUCACAGGGAUCCAAAAUCAGUUAUACCUAACCUUCUACCCACAUUUUUCAUCUUCUCUUUAAAGCUGCAAUAAUGAUUUUUUUUUUUUUGGCCAUUUAGGGGAAGUGGAAACAAGUUGCAAACACAACACUGACAUAUUAUCACCUUUUUAGUUGAUAUGGCACUCGUUAGCAACAUUAGCAUUCAUUUGGAGUUGUGUUUCUAGCCACCUGAUGAAUGUAGUCCAAUAUUCACUCUCCUUCCAGUUGUUAGUCUCCACCAACUCCUGAGAGAAAAUAUCUGGCUGUUGAGCUGCAUAAUGCUCCACUAUGUUCACCAGCCAGUUGCUAACUUUGUCCGUCUGCCAUUUGGUGCUGGGCAGGAAGCAUACACUGGGUUAAUCAGAGCUUUUUUGCUGAUGACAGCUACCUGCUGCAGCCAAAAACGAGUGAACCAAAACAGUGAAGUUGCGAGUGAGAAAACCAAAACAAUGAGCUGGAAGAUGCUAUAAAGCUGUAUAUGGCUGAGGGAAACUGCAGAGUCCGGUGAUAAUUCUCUGUGGGUUCGUCACUAGUAGCGACCUUUGACAUUACACAGAUUUUUAAAAUACAAAUAUGGAUUACAGCAGUUUUUAUAUUUCCCUAUCACUUAACACAUGGAGGAAAAAUUUUGCCCUCUAGUUCCUAAGUUUUGAAUACUUUUCUAUCAUAACUCGAUCCACCAAAUUCUUAAUACUAUCCUUAAAAAAAUGAUUGUAAACAUUAAAAAUCCAUACCAGCAUGGUUGUUGGAAUCACAGGCUUUUUGUGAUAAAUACAGUAAUGAACGUCCAACUAUACUGUUAGAGAAAUCAUUUCACAUCGAGGUUGGACUUCUACUGCCAGAGGGAGACAGUCAGGUUCCCUCCCUGUGUUUUAAUUAGUUUACACAAAAUUGCUGGCAACCUCUAUCAUCUCAUCAGCCCUCUAAAAGCCCUGCUACCUCCACUGUCCACCUUUUUUUCCCAAGCUACAGUCUGUUUAGGACCAAACGAGCCUCAGGGUGCACCAAGACUAAGUUAAGAUCUUUAUAACACUGCUUGGGUCGCACCAGGAAAAGAUGUCAUCAUACUAGAAACCUUCCAAAUGCACUGCCUGUAACUACAGUAAACCAGAAGGACGAACAAAGAGGGGACAAUACUGGUGUUUAUACAUCAGGGAUUAUAAAUAAAGCUGGUGUGUGUUCUUAAUAAUAUAUAAAUAUGUUUUAGUUUAAUUUCUGGCCAAUUACAUCCGUUAUGAAUUUGCUUUUGUAGUGGAGGUAACUACCUCACUGACCUUGUUACACACAUGCACUGUCAACCAACAUGACUUUGAUGGAACCAAGACCAUUGUCCCCUAUUUGUUCUUCCUGCCAGGAACCACAAACAAAAUGUGUCGUCUCUGUUUUAAUGUCUACACCCGCUGAAACGUAACAAACAUACCUUGAUACCCUUUUUUUUUUUCCUUCCUGAACAUGACUCACAGCACAUUUGGACAAAUAGAAGCAGUUAUGUUUAAAGUGUGUUGCGUCUGUCCAAGUCUGUAGUAUUUGUCAAUUUGUCACUGAAGGAAAAGUGGUUUCUUUUUUUGAGGGGUGGGGAGUGUUUUUGUUUUGAGUUUUCUCACUGAGCCUAAGAACCCCGGACAUUUAUCAAUUCUCGAUGUUCUUCCUGCUGCACACAGUUGUAUUAUCAAAGCAAUGAUCAUGUAGUACACUGUAAGAUAUUGUACAUUGAAUGCAUAUUAUUAAAUGUAUUUUAGCUGUAAACCCUGCACCAAUUAAAUAUUUUGACACAAA